UGCAGCACCCACGCUACACGACCUUGGGAUCAAAACCGCGACUACCAAUGGACUUUGGAUGAAGAAGCCGCAUGCUGCCAAGCACCCGUGGAUCCGCCUGCACCGCAUGAGGACACAAGUGCAUCGGAUGAACACUUGGAUGGCCAACCUGAACCACCGGAUGCAAGUCAUGCAACCUUCAACGCCAUAGACCCGGAUGACAUAUAUUUCGCUGGUGCAGCAGCCAUGGGCCCGUCCAAAGACAAUCUCCCCAAGACAUUACCAGAAGCUUUCAUCCGCCCAGAUGGAGGAUUAUGGAAA